GCCAGUGGGGAUAAGUAAAGAAAUAUAUAAAUAAGAUCUUGCCGAGGAGCAGCUUGUCAGUAUAAAGAGAGAAACGGCGCGCUGCUCGACGAGGCCUUAAACUAUUGCUGCCAGGCCGCCAAGAUGCAUCACCACUUUCAGACCCUGGCCCUAGUGGUGUGUUGCACUUUGCUGGUGCAAGGGGCGAGCGUGGUUAGGGUGCCUCGAGUCUACAACAUCCUGAUUAAGUCGGAUGGAGCGAUAGCGCCGAGCGAGGCCGUGUCCUUAGACAGCCUGAACGAAGAAAAGGCGCCGGAGAACAACAGCCGUGAGAGUGGCGAGAAGAGCAACGAGGAGCCCGCACAGGAGCCCCAAGAGCCGCUGCCCGUUCUGGACGCCAAAGACGGCGGAAUCGUCGACGGGGUCAACUACACGGAGGUGCCGCUUUCCAGGGCUUAUCCCCUGACUAGGUUCACAGUGCCCAUCAUUGCCGCCCGCCACCCCUUCCCGUACCUGCACGGCGGAUUGAUUUUGGGUCCAGUGCCGAAAGCAGCCGCUGCCCAACAGCAAAGAGAAUUCCCUGGCGGGCCGGCUGACUUUGAGCAGCAAAGUGAGAUAGACGAGACCCAGUCGUAUAGGCAGGACCCCCAAAAAGCAAUUCAGCAGCUGCCGUUGCCGCAGUACAGGAGUCGGGUGGACCAUUUGAAUUUGGACCCGGCCGCCUUCAGGGAGAGGAUCCUGCAGCCGCAACGGGCCCAAGAGCAACUCGAGGAACAGGAAGAAGAAGAAGAAGAGGACGAACAAUAAUUAAAAAAGAAGAAAAACCCCUCGGCUCAAGCACACUGUUGAAACAUAUCACUUUUAUGAAUAAAAUUAAAACGCAACAAUUAAAAAGAGCUGCUGGGAUUUUUUUCCCUUUUCCUGUUUGACUUUGAGCAAAAAGUUAAAAGGGCUUUUACUGCAGCGCUCGGCGAACAUAAAGGCAGUCGUUAUGCAACAAUU